UCCUGUUUCCUCUUACGUCACCCUGAGCCCGCAGAGCCUGGGGAUUUGCUCCAGCGUCGGCCGUGCGCGGAGCCCCGUUUGCAGGAGCAGAAAGGAGAACAGCACCAGAAGGGUCCACCGGGAGAGGAGAAGCCAUGUACAAGAAAAAGAUGAGAGGCAUGUAUAUAUCUAAGAAGGCAUUAAAAAACCAGUUUGAUCCCUCUAAGUUUCCACGGGAGACAUAUCUACUAUGCAAACUGCAGUGGGGUGAGAGCGAGAGAUCUUGGAUACACUGGGUCAAAAAUUAUCAUUACGAUUAUUAUCAUGCUGAAGUCUACUUUCUGGAGAAAAUCUUUAGAAUGAAACCGUACAAUAAUGUCAACUGUUCCAUCACCUGGUACCUGUCCUGGAGCCCCUGUGUGAACUGCUGCAGUGAAAUACUGGAUUUCUUAGAGAGGCACGAGAAUGUGAACAUAGACAUUCAUGUAGCACGACUUUAUUUCAAAGACUCAGAAAGAACCCGCAGAGGUCUGAAGAAACUCGCGAGGUCGGCGCAAGUAAAAAUUAAUGUCAUGGACAUGAAAGACUAUAACGACUGUUCGAAAACCUUUAUCCAAGGAGGUGCUGCUGAUGAUUUCUGGACUGUGAACUUUGAGUCAGAGAUAACAGAGAAUUGUUUGAAACUCUGGGACAUCUUAGAGCUGAGCAACAUUAGAGACGCCCAAAGUUCAGCAUUCGGGAAUAGAAACCGAAACAAACGUAAGGCUAAUAAAGGUACAUCCAUUGGCCAAGAGGUGACACACAAAACCAGAAAUAUCCAUGGCUGCUGUCGGUGGCAGAGGUGGAAGAUAAAGCCAAAAGACUUCAAAAGAAAUUAUUUGCCUGACCGACAUUCACGGGUGGUGUACCUGCUCUAUGAAAUCAGGUGGAGAAAUGGUUCUAUCUGGAGGAACUGGUUCUCAAACAAUCAUAGCCAACAUGCUGAAGUCAACUUCUUGGAAAAUUGCUUCAGUGAUGUGCCACCAGCUCCUUGUUCCAUCACCUGGUUCCUUUCAACUAGUCCCUGUGGAAAAUGCUCCGAGAGAAUUCUGGAGUUCCUGAGGACACAUCGUAAUGUGACCUUGGAAAUAUACACAGCCAAGCUGUUCAGGCACCUGGAUAUGCGCAACCGGCAAGGUCUCUGCAACCUGGUGAUGAAUGGCGUUGCUAUACGUAUCAUGAAUCUUGCAGAUUACAGUUACUGCUGGAAAAGAUUUGUUGCAUACCAACAUGGAGAAGAUGAUUAUUGGCCCCAGAACUUCGCUGCAUACAUCUUUCUGAAUUGGAGAGAGCUUGGUCAUAUCUUUUUGGGUCUUCCUCCGUUGCUGCCAUACUGAAUACUAAUAAGCGUCACCACUAUGCUUUCAAGCUUGUUUUGUGCAUCAAUAACAGACCAGAAAAGCCACUGCCUAGCAAUCAUUUCUGCUGCAACCUUGAUGAGUUUCAUCCUGCCACCAGA